AUGAUGACGCUAACGGAAUCCACCCUUGGUAGUCCCUCUCUGGAAUUACCCAAAACAACUGAUUCUGACUCAACGAUUGUACCGAACCCUCGGAAAUCUCUAAAUGAACAUUACAGGUGUGCAUCACCUACCAGCUCUGAGUCUUCUGUCAGUAUAUCAAAUUCGUCAACAAAGUAUCAAGGGAGACGAUAUAAUGGUAAAUUGCCUAUCACUGAGAUUCCAGAAUUAGUUGAAUUGUGCCAGCAAUUCCUGAAGUCCCAGAAUAUCACGGGGUUAUCUAUGAUUGCAAGACAAGCUGGUUUGCCUCCACAUUUGAGACACAAAAUAUGGCCAUUGUUGCUCAAAAGCCAUCCAUUUGUUCAAAAUCCUUACGUUGAAAUCGAUCUCGACGAUUACGAAGAAAGGAAAGCAGAACCAGAUGGUGAUGAAAAUCAUGACGUGAAAGGUACCAGUGGUGACAUAAAGAGCUACACUGUACCCAUAAAAGAAAUCAGAUUUGAUCUGGGAAAAUACCUUAGGUCUGCUGAACGCUAUUAUCCGAAAACUAUAACUCACGAAAUAAAAGAUAUGUUUGAAAUUCAGGGAAAGAUUUUUGAUGUCAUCGAGAAUGCAAUCAUAAAAUUUCUAAAAAAAUGGGGGUCGAUUAUUCAUUAUAACUCAUCACUUACGUGGAUUGCUUUAGGUUUAGCUGAAUGGGUUCCACCGUUGGAAAAUUCCCAAUUUGUUCUUUGCGGACGUGAUGAUAUUGCUAGGAAUGGAACAAAACUUAGAAAUAUCAAUGACAAUUAUUUUGAGAAGAUAACACGCUCUACAUAUUCCUCGGAAACUUCUUCAACUACUUUCGAUUCACCAUAUACCCACUCACCCGUUUCGUUUACUCCUUCGGCUAGCCCGAUGAAUACGCCCCCAAUUGGACAUAAGCCGAUGUCAUUUGCCGAAAUUUAUGAAAGAAUGGCAUUGGUUAUUUUACAUUCACCGGACCCUGCGCAGCUGGAAGAUUCAAAAAAAUAUGAGUCUACACAAAUGUUACCAAUUUUAAAAGACUCCGAGCACCUAUCAAUUUCUCCGUAUUUGGGUGGCACUAUCAAAGAUCGAGUAUCUUUUUUCUUAUCUUGCAUGAGGAAGUUACUGCCCGAGUUACACAGUUAUAUGGCUGAAGAAGACUGUUUAAAUGGUGAUUGGCUAUUAUGGUGGUUAAAAUAUGAUGGUAGUAAAGUGUGGUCGAGAUAUGAUAGAGGCAGAACGUGGGAUUUGAUUCUAGGCUAUCGAUCCGAUAUUAAAAAUUUUGAAUCUGACAUGAAAGAACUAUCAGAGUUGACAUCAGAGCAGAUUCACUUGUUAGGUCAGGAUUUGUUUUGGACUCCCCUAGAUGGUAUAAAGGAAGAAGAAAAUGGGAAUAACAAGCCAGAUAAUUUGGGACUUGAUUCUGGUGGUGAAGACGACGACGUUAAUGGUGAUGAAGCUAUUGAUGAGAAACAGGAUGAAACCUUACAACAUUUUUCAAAACCUUGUAGAUCAGAAUCUGUUUUGACUAUUUCUAAAAGUGAGAAUCCGUUGGUGAUUAUUGAAAAGACACCGACUUUUGGCGCAUUAUCACUUGAUUCUCUUUCUUCUGAAUUACCAUCAUUGGAUGAUAUUGAGCCCAUACACGAAUUACCAUUUUCGAAGGUUCACCCACACAUCGAGAUAAUUUUCAUCAGCCUUGCAUUUCUAAAAAGUAAAGAAUACACCAUCACUGAACUAGAUCAAAGUGAAAUCAAGACACUACUUAACAGGUUGUCUAGCUUGAAAACAGAUUCGGGUGAAAUGAAUUCUUUUGUUAAUACAAAUGAUGAAAACCAAAGAAUAACAAACAUCCACUCACAACAUAACCAUGAAAAUUCUAAUGGCGAGAGGCGAAAAUCCAACAGAGAUAUUGAAAACAUUUUAGUUGAAGCUGGUGAACUCUGGAGGAAGUUCCUAUACAUAUAUAUGAUGGAGGAAUCUGACCUUGAAAAAUGA